ACACCUACCCAGGGGCAUAUUUUUCGAGCAUGUCCAUUGGAAGUACUGUCGGAACAGAGCGAUUUACGCCGCUGCAAAGGUUCCCAGUUGAUACAUCACACGCCUGCUUCGAAGGAAGGCCAUCCUGCGAGUAGCUAUCGCCACGCAAAACAGACCGGCAACGCCGCAGAGCAAUCUACUCAGCCAAGGGAGCAACAGUCCAGCUGCCAUCAGUAGCGAUCAUCCCGAACUGCCAUCCGUAGCGAUCAUCCCAAACUGCCAUCCGUAGCGAUCAUCCCAAACUGCCAUCCGUAGCGAUCAUCCCGAACUGCCAUCCGUAGCGAUCAUCCCGAACUGCCACUGCUAAGUUGCACCCAGCGCUCCUAACCAAAUGGCGGACGGCGCGAAGAGGCUGCCGCUCGCUGCGGAGAACCCCGAAAUGAAGAAGAGCCCCUCGGGGCGAGUGUCCGACGACGGAAUUAAGAGGACGCCCUCGGGGAAGCCAAUUCAAACGAUGUACGUGCUAAACAGGAAGGGAGAGGAAGAGGACAUUUCAUUCGACCAGAUCUUAAAGAGGAUACAGAGGUUGUCCUACGGAUUGCACGAAUUGGUAGAUCCAGCCAGAGUAACCCAGGGAGUGAUCAACGGGAUGUACAGCGGGAUAAAGACGUGCGAAUUGGAUGAGCUAGCAGCACAGACGUGUGCCUACAUGGCGACUACCCACCCUGAUUUUUCCAUCCUAGCAGCGAGAAUUACGACAGAUAAUUUGCAUAAAAAUACGAGUGACGAUAUAGGGGAAGUAGCAGAAGCGUUAUACAAGUACACAGAUGUGAGAGGAAGACCAGCCAGUCUCAUAAGCAAAGAAGUGUAUGAAUUUAUGAUUGAGCAUAAGGAUAGAUUGAAUAAGGAGAUUGACUACACAAGAGAUUUUAAUUACGACUACUUUGGGUUUAAGACAUUGGAAAGGUCCUACCUCCUUCGAAUUAAUGGGAAGAUCAUUGAGAGACCGCAACAUUUGCUGAUGAGAGUAUCUAUUGGGAUCCACAUAGGAGAUCUAGAGAAGGCACUAGAGACGUACCAUCUGAUGUCUCAAAAGUAUUUCACCCACGCAACACCUACGUUGUUCAAUUCGGGGACACCCAGGCCACAGAUGUCUUCCUGUUUUCUCCUCUGCAUGAAAUCGGACUCAAUUGAAGGCAUAUUUGAGACUCUAAAGCAGUGUGCGUUGAUUAGCAAAACGGCUGGUGGGAUUGGAGUGGCCGUGCAGGAUAUUAGGGGGCAAAAUUCGUACAUCAGAGGGACUAACGGCAUUUCCAACGGGUUAGUCCCAAUGCUGAGGGUUUUUAAUGACACUGCUAGGUAUGUAGACCAAGGGGGGGGAAAGAGAAAAGGAUCCUUCGCAGUGUACAUCGAACCGUGGCACUCAGACAUUUUCGAAUUUUUAGACCUUCGCAAAAAUCACGGAAAGGAAGAGCUAAGAGCGAGGGAUCUGUUCUACGCCGUAUGGGUACCUGACCUAUUUAUGAAGAGAGUAAAGGAAAAUAAAAAUUGGACUUUGAUGUGCCCGAAUGAAUGUCCAGGGUUGAGCGAAUCAUGGGGAGAGGAAUUCGAAAAGUUAUAUACCAAAUAUGAGGAAGAAAAUAUGGGCAAGAAAACCGUCCUUGCGCAGGACCUAUGGUUUGCCAUUCUGCAGAGUCAGAUAGAAACGGGUGUUCCCUACAUGCUGUACAAAGACUCCUGUAAUGCUAAAUCGAAUCAGAAAAAUUUGGGCACCAUAAAAUGUAGCAACCUCUGCUGCGAAAUCAUAGAGUAUACCUCUCCCGACGAAGUGGCCGUGUGCAACUUGGCCUCCAUCGCGCUGUGCAAAUUCGUCGAUGUGGAGAAGAGAGAAUUUAACUUUAAGAAGCUCUACGAAAUUACCAAAAUUAUUACCCGCAAUUUGGACCAAAUUAUAGAGAGGAAUUACUACCCCGUGGAGGAGGCCAAGCGAUCCAACAAGAGACACAGACCCAUAGGCAUAGGUGUGCAGGGGCUGGCAGACACCUUCAUGCUUCUGAGGUAUCCCUACGAAUCUGAUUCUGCUAAAGAGCUAAACAAAAGAAUUUUCGAGACCAUGUAUUAUGGUGCGUUGGAAAUGUCCAUGGAGCUGGCCCAGCUGUAUGGACCAUAUGAGACCUACCAGGGGAGUCCAGCUAGCCAAGGAAUCCUUCAGUUUGACAUGUGGAAUGUUAAGGUAGAUAAGAAGUAUUGGGACUGGGAUGAACUGAAGGCAAAAAUUAAGAAGCACGGUUUGAGGAAUUCCCUUCUUCUUGCCCCCAUGCCGACUGCAUCUACUUCUCAAAUUCUGGGGAACAACGAAUCGUUUGAGCCGUACACCAGUAAUAUUUACUACAGGCGGGUCCUCAGUGGAGAGUUCUUCGUGGUGAACCCCCACCUGCUGAAGGACCUCUUCGACCGCGGCCUCUGGGAUGAGGACAUGAAGCAGCAGCUCAUCGCGCACAACGGGAGUGUCCAAUACAUUAGCGAAAUUCCCGCCGACUUGAAGGAGCUCUAUAAGACCGUCUGGGAGAUCAAGCAGAAGAACAUCAUCGAUAUGGCGGCCGACCGGGGCGCCUUCAUCGACCAGUCCCAAUCGCUCAACAUCUACAUCCAGAAGCCCACCUUCGCCAAGCUCUCCAGCAUGCACUUCUACGGGUGGGAGAAGGGACUCAAGACCGGCGCGUACUACCUCAGGACGCAGGCCGCCACGGACGCGAUCAAGUUCACGGUGGACACGCAGGUGGCCAAGAAUGCCGCCAAGAUGAAGAACGCCGAGCCGGUGGCCAUCACGAGGGAGGUGUCCAGGGAGACCAUUUCGACCGACUCCACCGUCACGCAGAAUGUGGUCUGCCCCCUGCGCCGCAACAACGACGACCAGUGCUUGAUGUGCUCGGGGUGA